AUGACUCUAGUCUCCAAGAACUGGAGAGAGCUGACCGAUGAACAGGAAUUGUAUCGGCCAUUCCCGAGCGUGACUCCUGACGGCUCUGUCAAUUGGAUCAAUUUCAAGAAAUUGAGCUUCAAGUGCGAGGGCUCCGAAGGUGAAUGCUUCAAGUGUCUUGAACGCUCCACUGGCAGAGUUUUAGCGAUGAAGAGGACACGAAUAUUUCCAGAGGCAAGAGUGCCGUAUUAUAUGAUCCGAGAGCUUAGCCUGCUCAAGGGGACAACGCACGACCAUAUCACGUCUCUGGAGAUCGUCAGUCUUGUCAAGGACGAGCUUCACAUGUUCUUCCCUUACGUGGACCGCACGUUGGAUGAUGUCAUAUACCCAACAGGGAGCUGUGAAGACGGCCGUGUUUUGCCUGAGCCUGUGAUUCGCAAACUUCUUUACCAACUUCUGGAUGCAGUCGCGUACUGUCACCGUCGUGGAGUUCUGCAUCGUAAUCUGAAGUUGAGACAUUUACUCAUCCAGAUGUCGGAAGAGGGCAAUCUCAGCGAUGCAACACUGCAGAUCUCAGACUUCGCGCUAGCUCGAGCUACAGGAAUUCCUGGUCAAGCGUAUACUGACGAGGUAGUGACGCGAUGGUACCGUGCUCCAGAGCUCCUGAUGGGUGUGGUAGAGUAUUCUUCGGCAGUUGGCAUGUGGUCUGUUGGCUGCAUUUUUGCCGAAAUGAUCCGAGGUGAGGCUCUGUUUACUGGCGUUUCGGAGAUCGAUCAGUUGUUUCAAAUCUUCAGCAAGUUGUCGACCCCCACGUUGGAAACGUGGCCAGGCUUCUCGUCCUUACCAAACUACCAGUUUGAGUUCCCCCACUUUGAACGUAGACCCACGGCGACUCUGUUUCCGGACGCAUCGGAUCUUGGCAUCGAUCUGCUUGCAAAACUGCUAACGUACAAUCCGGACGAGCGGAUUUUGGCCGAAGAAGCACUUGGUAACCCCUAUUUCUUUGACGUCACGCCUGUGCUCUUCCCGGUGAAGGUCAAGGAUUGCAUGAGCCAGAUGUGGCGCGCAGUGACUCGAAUGUGGAGUCCUACUCCUCAACACUUGGCACUGUUCCAUUCGUACCUGCGUCAAACGGAGACGGAAAUCUGGGCUCAGGUCGAGUAUUUGGAUGGUGGAUGUGUUCAAAUUGUCCCCCCGAACUUUUUUUCUUGCUGUCAUCGCUACCUGGAAUUUGCAACUGUGGAGAAAUCGCAACUUCAAUUGCUCGGGGCGGCCUGUUUGCAUGCUGCGUCAAAGAUGGAAGACUUAACUUAUAUUGGCGUGAGAGAUCUCGUGUUAUGCGCUGAAAAUGUCUACACGGCAACUGAAGUGCUGGAAAUGGAAGUGAAAGUGUUGAACACUCUCAACUUUGCACUCCUCGUGCCUACAGCGCUGGAUUUCCUGAACAUCUACGGGCGACUGAUCCCACCUAUUGAGAAGAAGACAUCCAUGUUGGCGCAUUACUUGCUUGAGCUUUCCCUACAAGAGUACCAGUUUCUGAAGUAUUCGCCAUCGGUUGUGGCUACAUGUUGCUUGUCGAUGGCGAUGUACAUGAUCGACGGGGGUCCGAUGUCAAAGGACCUGGCGAAUGUCUGUCUAUAUAGCUGGUCGGACUUACAAGGCUGCAUGAUGGAGCUCCAAAAGCUGUCCUCAAACGCAUCUUCCAACACUCUUACUACGAUCAAGAAACGGUAUUCCAGGACUAAUCGGUGUGAGGUGGCGAAAGUUUCUCCACCCGAGUCGUUCGAUAUGGCAUUUUAG